UUAUCAAUCACUAUUAAAUACCAAAAAACAAUAAAAUUUCUUUUGAAUUUGUAGUAAUUGUAUUGCUAAUACAUUUUCUUCAGCAAAUUCCAACUUGAGAAAAAUAUCCUUAUUUGUGCAAAAUGACAUUUGAUCUAAUGAUGAUAAGGUCGAUGAUGUUGUUAGGAUUGAUCAAAUGUGCAGCCAGUGGACUUGACAAGGUGGGCGGUAAGCAUGGCUGGGACCAGAAUGUUAACUAUACUGAUUGGGCUUCUCAUCAACAUUUUUACGUUGGCGAUUGGCUUUAUUUUGUGUUUGACAAGCACUAUUACAACGUGCUGGAGGUGAACCAGACGAACUAUGAGCAGUGUAUUGAUAGCGAUUUUAUAUCAAACAUUACAAGGGGUGGGAGAGAUGUUUUUCAUCUAACUCAAGCAAGGCCUUAUUACUUCAUCAGCAGUGGAGGUUACUGCUUCCAUGGAAUGAAAUUAGCUAUAAAUGUUGAACAACCUUUGCCAGCUUCUCCAGCACCUUCUUCAUCAGACAAAACUAAUGCUUCUCCACCCCAAAUUGACAAACAUUUGAUUAUACCAGUUUUCGCGAGUAGCACUCUUGUGUGGAUGUUUUUGUUUGCUCAAGCUACAUAGUCAUGACUUCACUGUGUUUUCUACAGCCUGAGGAGGAUUUAAUCUUUAUGGAUUUACAUUUCUUUCACACAGACACAAAUACAUAUCUAGGUUUAUCUUAAUUUUGAGUUCGGAAAAUUGUUUGUGUUUCAAAGUUUAUUAGGCAAGCAGCUAGGAGUGUUUUUCGUUUUUGAUUCAUUAUUGAAUUCCCUGUCAAAUGUUGCAUUCUAUUGUACUUUUUGAAUUUAUUUGUUAGAAUUCCUGGUUCCGCCA